GCAUUUUUAAUUUGCUGUAAUGAGUUCAUGUGGUCGAAAAACAAAAGACUUUUUUAUAAGCCUAAACAGAAAAAAGGUGAUUGGCAAAAGGGAGUCUCCAAAGGUCGAGUUACGAAGAUGUCUAACUAUCUUUGAUCUAACUGCCUUAGGAGUUGGCACAACUUUAGGUGCUGGAGUGUAUAUUCUUGUUGGCGACGUUGCCAAGUUCACAGCUGGUCCUGGUGUUAUAAUAUCUUUUUUGAUCGCAGCGGUGGCUUCUGUUCUAUCAGGAUUAUGUUAUGCCGAGUUUGGAGCCCGUGUGCCACAAAGUGGAUCAGCUUAUGUAUAUAGCUACAUUACUGUUGGAGAAAUAAUGGCGUUUACAAUUGGUUGGAAUCUGAUACUAGAAUAUGUAAUCGGUAUCGCAAGUGUUGCACGAGCUUGGAGCUCUAAUUUCGAUGGUAUACUCAACGGCCAAAUAGAAGAAUUUUUUAAAAAGCAUUUGGCAUUAAAUCUUCCUGGUUUAGCUGAAUAUGUAGAUCCACUUGCUGUUGGCUUAAUUAUUUUAAUGACAAUUCUUUUAAGCAUCGGUGUACGAGAAUCCGCAAUGAUUAACAAUGUGUUCACAAUAGUCAACUUGUGUGUCAUCAUAUUUGUAGUUGUAACUGGGUUGAUUUAUGCAAAUAUUGAUAACUGGAAAGUUAUUCCAGAAAAUGUUCUUAUCAAUAAUACUGUAAAACGUACGGAUUUAGGAAAUGGCGGGUUUUUUCCUUUUGGUUUGAACGGCGUACUUUCCGGUGCUGGGACAUGUUUUUUUGCAUUUGUCGGAUUCGAUAUUAUUGCUACAACAGGUGAGGAAGUGCGUAAUCCACAAACAGCGAUUCCUAUAAGUAUUAUCGGAUGCCUGCUAAUAUGUUUCUUGGCAUAUGGUCUUAUAUCUGCUACACUUACGUUAAUGGUACCAUAUUACUCUAUCUCUACUGUUGCUGCUCUACCACUUGCAUUUAGUCGCCAUGGCUUACAAUGGGCAAAAUACAUUAUUUCCACUGGGGCUUUGUGUGCUCUAACUACUAGCCUUUUAGGUUCAAUGUUCCCAUUGCCACGCAUUUUGUAUGCUAUGGCAACUGAUGGGCUGUUAUUUGGUUUUUUAAAUCGAAUAAAUUCAAAAGUUAAAACUCCACUUUUAGGUACUAUCGUAUCAGGUGUUAUUGGAUGCAUAAUGACGGCAGUAUUCAGUUUACAAGAUCUAGUCGAUAUGAUGUCGAUCGGAACACUUCUUGCUUAUACUCUAGUAUCUGUUUCUGUGCUUCUUUUGAGAGGACAACAAAUGUCCAUUGGAUAUCGCAUCGGGGACACGAAAGAUUAUACAGAAGUAUUGAUGGACGAUGAAAGUUGGCCAGGUGAUAAAUUACCCUUAUCCGAUGAAAAAUCAUAUCCACUCAAGUUUUUGAAUGAAGUAGCAGACAAUACGCUUAGUAAUGAUAAAGAACCAUCGAAUGGUCCUGAUGAAUAUUCCGAUCAUAAUAAACCCUCUGUUUCCUCAAAUAACGUUGAUAGUCCAAGUUUAUCAACGGCUUUAAAACAAACAAACAAUUCACCACUUCCUGAUAAUAUUCAUCUCGACAUUUCAACUUAUUUUCGAAGAUGUUUCAAGCGUGAACUUGGUCAGGAUAAACCGUCUCAAACUACCGAAUUAAUUUAUAAAAUAAAUAGUUACUUACUACUUUGCUUCAUUUUUCUCGGCAAUCUGGGUAUAUUACUGUUAGAUAAACUACCUGAAGAAGUGACAAAAAAUAUGAUAGUCACAAUCCCAAUAUGGACGUUUGUUGGAUUAAUGAUCCUGAUCAGUAUUAUCAUUUGUUCAGCAUUAGCCCGACAACCAGAAAAUAAAACACCUGUGGCAUUCAAAGUACGUAUUAUAUUCUCAUGUAUAAAGUUUCCUUUAUUGUUAAGUUUUAUUUAGUACAAGUGCUUUAGAAUAUUUUUGUUGAGAACUGCUAGUUAGAAAACUUGUUGCUUCUUGUACCUACUUUCAAAGUUUAAGGAACAACUGGGCAAUGUAUUUUAAUUACUUUUAUUUAGAUAUUUCGUUACUAAUAUCUGCAGGUAUUAUGCAAAUAUUUUCUUUCAUCUCAAUCGAAAAACUAGUUUUGACAAUUAGAUGUUCAUUCUUACUAUACUUCUAACGUUAUAGCCUUUAUACCUCAUCCAUACAAGUAUAUGUAAACGCAAUGCUCCAUAUUAUAUGGGGAUAUUUACAGACUAUGAGAGACUCUAAGGUGAUUUGCCUGAUUUUCAUAUUAUAUUUAUUUAGUACUGAUGAUAACACCGUUAUUCAUUGACGUCACUGUUAAAUUAAAAUCAGCUGUUUGAUUAGUAAAAUCUUACUGCAGAAAUAACUUGUUGCAACAUAUUUGUGAUGAAUCUGAGUAAGAAUAAUGUGUGAGUCUAAUAAGAAUACUUGAGACAAGUGCUGUAAAAAGUUAGGAACACCCAUAAAACAAAAACGCUCACCAAUAAUAAUGGUUUAUUGAGGCUAUUACUUCAAACAACAUUCUUUUUUUACAGGUCCCUGGGGUUCCAUGGAUUCCAGCUAUUAGUAUAUUUAUCAAUGUAUAUUUAAUGGUUAAAUUGUCAGGGGCUACAUGGAUUAGAUUCUUAGUCUGGAUGAUUAUUGGUAAGAAUAUUUGUCGAUUUGUUUAAGUAAGGAAAUUAUUUGAUCUAAUAGCUUACGAUCAUGUCCAUAUGAAAAAGUUCAUGAUAUAUCACAAUAUUUAACCCUUUUAUUCAAGUGAUAAGAUGUUUAUUUUCACCGACGAACCAAAAACUAAUAAAUAACAAACAAAUAUUUCCUUUUAAUAUGGUUAAAACCUUAAAAAAUGUCAGAAUUCUUAUUUUACCACAUUUAUGUCUAUAUUUGUCAUUCGGGAUCAUGCUUAUUUUUUCUUUGUAUACUGGAAGCCACAAAUAACUUUCACAAAACCUUAAAUAGCAAGUAUCUGUGACCAAACAUCUCAAAAUAUAGAUAGACUUGACAGUAAUACGUGAUGAGACAUGUAAGUACUUUUUUUCAGGACUACAUUUCAACUAAUUUUCUUUCUAAUGUAAAUAUCUCCUUAAAUAAUUCAUAUGAAUAAUGACAAUAGAUGUGUUUAUUCAGAUUUUGCUGGCUAAAGAACACUUCUUCAUGGGAGACGAACAUGUAAUAUUUGAAAGACUGAUUGGUUACACAUCGCAUUGAUGACUGGACUUUUUCAAUAAAUUUUUCAGAAUCUAUCAAAUGUCUGGUUAAUUUUUUAGUAAUCCUACCUAAAGCAAAUACUUCAGUAAAAAGUUAAAUAACCAUGAGUUGGUGUAACAUCAAGAACUGUUCCAUGCACGUUGUUCAGAAAAUAAGAAACUGGUUUACACAUUUUUAUAUAGGAAAUGAACUGUUGGUUAUAAUCAAAUCCCUAAUUGAUGAAUUUAUGCUUUUAAUUAAUACUUGUGUUGACUUAACUUCUAACUACCAAAUUAUUCAAAGAUUCCUUUGUUUUGAGUUGUUUCUAAACCAGUUUCUUGCUUUCCUUACCAUUUUGGUUAGCCUGCUUAACCAAUCUUUAUGGAUUUGGUUAGUUUUCAGUUAAAAUCUAGACAAAUGGAAUAGGAAAUUAAUCAAUAAUAGCUAUGAACCAAUAUCAAUAGCUAUUUGAGCUAAAAAACAACCAGAUAACACAUUCGAACGAGUUAGCUCAUUUAUCGUUAAUAAUAUUCCAUUUGUUGCAUAAUGUGAAAAUGUUUCAUUAGAAAUGAGUGUAAACGAUGUAUGUUUACUAAAGUAAACCUUUAAGCUGGGACAAAAAUGUCGACUACUUAUAGCUACCUUGAUUUCACUGUUCUCUGAAGAAUGCUUGUUUCGGCUAAGAAAGUGUAUUCACAAACGAAACAGAUAUAAUGGUAUAUACGCCUCAUAUCAUUUGAUAAAUGAUUAAUAAAUUUACCUGUCUUUGAACACUUGAACCUACUCAUAAAUUGUAAAGAUAUAUAUUUAGAAUGUUUUUCUAUUAUCAUAUUCUUAAGAUAGCAAACAUCUGGUUACUAACUUAUUGAUAUUUUCAUUCACACGAGUAUGAAGAGAUUACUGAGGGAGGGAAAAUUCUUUAGAUUUGAGAGGAGUUUCACAAUCUACUUCGGUUAUGGAUAUUGGCACAGUAAGGAGAGGAAAAGAAAAAAAUAACGUCUAAAAAAGAAAACCAUAAUAUAGAAGCAUCUUAUUAGUUCAUAGAAACAAUCGAGUUUAUUUUACAUAUUGUUUGAUUAUUUUAAUUACUAUUUAUUAAUUUUCUUAUACAUUUCUAUGACAUUUUUCUAUUCAUUAUUUGAUUUGCUCAUAUAUAUAAAAGAAAAUACCCUAUGAACAAUUUGUUUUUUUAUAUUUAAUGUCCAAUUAAUAAAUGAUUACUACCCUGUAUCAAUUAUAGAUAAAUCUAUAAAAUACUGAUG